AAACAGAGAAAUGAGCGUAAAACGUCGCCGUCUUCUGGAUGAUAUGGACCGGAAAGACUUCACUUAUCAACCGAACGGCGGAAUUGAUAUCGAUGAAGCCACUCAUGAAUAUAAAGACUAUUUGGAUACUGUGCCGUCUAUGCGACCACCACUUCCAGUCACCCAGUCCACUCAAAUAAUACCAAUUUCGGAAGAAUCCAGUGAUAUAGAUGCAGAAAUUCCUAAGGAAUCUAUUCAAUUAAGCUCUACUGCCGAAUCAAAGAUCAAACCUCACCCAUCCGAGACACCAAUUCACAAACCAUCAUUGAAUGCUGAUACUCUGGAAGAGAAAAAUGAACACAAAUUACCCAUAAAUAAAGAAACAUCACAUGAUAAAAAUAAGCAGGCUGUGAAACCAACCGUUUCUGUCACAGAAAGUAAACAAUCGCAAGAAGUAAUACAUCAUAAAGAACAUAUCCCCGAAGAAGAGAUCGACAAUCAUCAUGUUGUGAUUGUUACAACAGCUAGACCGAGAAAGGGUUCUGGUAAUCCAAACUUGUGGCACAAAUUGGGAGGAAAGGUCCAGCUACCACAACGUCCAGCAUCGACGUCCACCCAAAAUUCAAACAUAAGUAUACCCACAGCUGUUCCAAUUGAAGAAGAUUGUACUACACCAGCAUAUCACGAAUUCCCUCCGGAUCUGUUUACUCACGAACAAAGAGCUCAUGGAGCUGUCAUCAUACAUAUUGCAGUCAUCGUGUACAUGUUCUAUGCUGUCGCCGUAGUCUGUGAUGACUAUUUUGUAGCAUCUCUAGAAGAAUGCUGUUCGAGGCUGAAUCUUAGUGAAGAUGUUGCAGGGGCAACUUUCAUGGCCGCAGGAAGCUCUGCACCUGAACUUUUCACUGCCAUUCUUGGUGUGUUGGUCGCCAAAGGAGACGUGGGAACAGGAACUAUUGUAGGAUCGGCAGUUUUUAAUGUGCUCUUUGUUAUUGGAGUGUGCGGCAUUUUUGCUGGAAGGGUAGUAGAAUUGACUUGGUGGCCACUAUUUCGAGAUUCCCUCUUCUAUUCAGUUACAGUCAUAAUUCUCAUUGGCAUCAUAUUCGACAGCGAAGUCACAUGGUACGAAUCUGUCAUCAUGAUGGUCAUCUACGGACUUUACAUUGUUCUCAUGAAGUUUAACAAUGAUGUACAUUUCUGGAUCUCAAGAAGACUUGGAAUAGAAGAUGAUAUGACUCAGAAUAUAGGAAUUCUGGCUCAAGGGGAUAAAAAAAACUACAGCUCUUAUGUUCCCUUCAACAACGAGAUCGACGAAUGUGCUUCUAUGCCAGUAACAGCUCAUUUCAGCAUUAGACCUCUUCCGGCAGACGAAAGCAUAAGGAACUCAAACAGACUCAUGUCUAUAUAUGAUGCAGCUCUAGUUAUCAUGAUGAAACAUCACUUCCGGCCUAAGACCCGUUUUCGAGCGGCUGCGGUUCGUAUAAUAAUAGAA